AUGUCCCCCCCGGCCUCGGCGGCCGCCGCCAACGAAGGAGGCAGCAGCACGCCGGUGCCUCCGGAGGAGGAGGCGGAGGGGGCCCGAGAGGAGCAGCGGCCAGUGAAGCAGUCUCUCAGCAAGUCUCUGUGCCGAGAGUCCCACUGGAAAUGCCUGCUGCUGUCCCUCCUCAUGUACGGCUGCAUGGGAGCCAUGACAUGGUGCCAUGUCACCAAGGUGACCCGGCUGACCUUUGACAGCGCUUACAAAGGCAAGUCCAUGAUGUACCACGACAGCCCCUGUUCCAACGGCUACGUCUACAUCCCCUUGGCUUUCCUGGUGAUGCUCUACGUGGUGUACCUGGUGGAGUGCUGGCACUGCUACACCCGCAACGAGCUGCAAUACAAAGUAGACGUGGAGAGUGUGCACGAGCGUGUGCAGCGGAUGCAGCAGGCGACUCCCUGCAUCUGGUGGAAGGCCAUCAGCUACCACUAUGUCCGCAGGACCCGGCAGGUUACCCGCUACCGCAACGGGGAUGCCUACACCACCACCCAAGUGUAUCAUGAGCGGGUCAACACCCACGUGGCAGAGGCUGAAUUUGAUUAUUCCAAUUGUGGAGUUAAGGAUAUCUCCAAGGACCUCAUUGACCUGGAGAGCUACCCCGCCACGCGGCUCCGCUUCACCAAGUGUUUCAGCUUUGCCAACGUGGAGUCAGAGAACUCCUAUCUGACCCAGCGGGCCCGCUUCUUCACGGAGAAUGAGGGCCUAGAUGACUACAUGGAGGCCAGGGAGGGGAUGCACCUCAAAAAUGUGGACUUCAAGGAAUACAUGGUGGCCUUUUCCGACCCAGACAACCUGCCUUGGUAUGUAUCUCACUAUGUCUUCUGGGUGGCAGCUCUGCUAACCCUGUCCUGGCCCCUGAGGGUGCUAAAUGAGUACCGCACCUCCUAUGUCCAUUACCACGUGGAGAAACUCUUUGGGUUCGACUACGUGGCAGUGACACCGGCCGAGGAGCGCACCUUCUGCCGGAGGAUGCCCCGCGUCAACACGGUGGACAGCACUGAGCUGGAGUGGCACAUACGAUCCAACCAGCAGCUGGUGCCCAGCUAUUCGGAAGCGGUCCUGAUGGACUUGGUGGGGCUCUCUGGCUGCACCAGCUACUCUGCUUGCCGGUACGGGGGCUACCGGCAGAACUGCGAGCGAUGCCACAGGACUAUAAGCAGCUCCUCCAUCUUCUCCCGCAGUGCUCUGAGCAUCUGCAAUGGCAGUCCCAGGAUUCCCUUCAGCAGCAGCCGCUUUUCUCUGGGCCGCCUGUACGGCUCACGACGCAGCUGCCUCUGGCAGAGCCGGAGUGGGAGCCUGAACGAGCAGAGCUGCCCCACUGAGCAGACACGUCUCUCCAGCCAGGUGACUGUGGAGGAGGAAGAUCCCCCUCCUUACCAGGAUGCCCUCUACUUCCCCGUUCUCAUUGUACACCGCAACGAAGGCUGCCUGAACCACGACCACCGUCACCUCCAUCGCAACGGGUCCUGUGUGGAGACCUCACUGUGAAAGCAGAGGGUGGUGAGAUCUCAUUGUCCGUUGCCUGGCCCAAGCCAGCACAGGAUUUGGGGAGAGGAGCACAGGGGGGACAGCCUAAGAGGACAUCAGGAUGGAGUGGACAUGGCAUCUUGCUCCAUCAGCCAGCGAAAGCUCCCCACAGUGUGGCUCUGACCUCCCAGAGGGGUGGGUGCUGAUGCUCCCCUGACAUGGCACAGAACUCUAGACCAACCACCACAUGCAAAAAAAAAAAAAUAAUUCAACCAAACCAACCCCAAAACCGUAAUUCAUGGCAUCAAGAUCCAAAGGGGAGAAUAAAAAGAUAGGCCUGAUGCAGGGAGGGGGUGGUUUUUGGCUCCCGGCCCUGGCUCCAGGCUGGCUCAUGCUCCGAGGAACCAGCAGCCAUCAGAAAGCACCUUGCUGCACCUCUGCCCACUCUGCUUCCCAUGCUGGAGCAAGACCCCUUGCAGUGUGGAGGGGAAUGGGCCCCUUGGGAGCAGGGUGUAACUGCCUGUAACGGAAGGUCUGGGGCAUCCAGGCACGUGGAUGGAGCGGCAGGUUAAAGCAAAGGCUGAAAGCCAUGAAUCCAGCUCUUCCCCUUCCCCCCAACUGUUCCCCACCCUCCCCAUUUUUUUUUUUAGACCACGCUCCGACUGUUACUCUGUUCUCACUGCUGGGAAUGGCAUCACCUCCAGAGGAUCCCAGGCUCCUCAGGAAGGUUCAGCAUAUCAGCUCUGAGUCAGCAUCCCUUAGGUAAAGGGUUUUCUGUUUGGGCACGCAGCACCGGGGAAGGGAUGAAUGUGCAAACCCAGAUGGAGCAGAGAUCUGCAGCGCUACUGAUGUGUUUGCUGGAGGAGGGCUCAGCUGGAAAGAGAAAACGGUAGGCCCCUGGUGAGCUGAGGAAGGGGAAGAGGAUGGCACUGGGACAGGCAUCAUGGUAUCAGGUGGCACGUCAAGUAGCUGGGGACCCUUCCUGGCUUUGAAUUGAGUCCUAAUUGGUUCAGACAAGCAUCAAGGAAGGCUCUGGUAGGUUCAGCUGCAGUUCACCUAUUGAUAAUGGAGCAGCAGGUUGGUGCAUCUCUGCAUGAGUGAAUUUUGCAUGAGAUCCAGCUGGGCUCUGGCUGUGGACUCUGAGCUGCAGGAUCCUGACAGCCUGGUUUUGGGAGAGAGCUCUGAGGGGCUAGGAGAGAGAAAUGCAAAAGCAUGCAGGAGCAUUGAGAACCUGGGCUGGGGAAAUGAGGAGCAAAAGGAUUCCCUUUCUGUGGGACCCCACUAUGGGUGCAGGACCCAUGCAGGAGGCAUCUUCCAUGAGUGAUGCUUUCUGGAACAGAGGCAAGGGAUGUGUUAGAGGGGAACCUGCUUAAAACUGAGCAGUUUGCACUGCAGAGGUUUUUGCAGGGAGGUGUCAGGCUGUGAGAAGUGAGGUGACUUCUGUGUAGCCCAUUAGCCCCUGGGUUUUUCUGCCUUGCUCUUGUCAGCGCAGGUUGCUCUGAGCUUUGUGCUGCCCCUUCUAUCCUGUCGGAAGGGAUCUUGGUGACGUUGGGCAAGGAGCAUUCAUGUCACUGAAGCUUCAUCAGUGGCUGCAGCAUGCAGACACCCAGCUUUUUCUCAGAAAAGCUGUCUCCUUUUCAGUCAGCUCUUUGGGGGAGCGCAUGCCAAAUCAGCCAGUGAUUUCUCCAAACAGCACUGCUUUUAAACCUCACCACACUUCCCUCAUCAGCUGGGGCAAACAGCUAAAAGCAGCAGGUCUUGGGUGACAAGGGUAAGUCCUUUAGCACCUGGGCAUUUGAGCUUGAUGUCUGCCUCCACAUCCAUCGCAGAAAGGCGAGAUAUAACAGCAAACAGUGAGGCACUGUAUUUAGUCCAGCCUGUCUUCCUCCUGCCAGCUAUUAAUGAGGACUCUGUUUCUCUCAUCACGCUGCUGUAUUACUUCGCCUCCCAGGUCUUGAGGAGGCUGCAAAUGCACCCAUGCACCACAUCAGUCCUCUUGCUGGCAAGCCUAGAGCGGUCAGCACCUGCAGGUGUUGUAGGGCUCUGCUUGUCUUUUCCCCCAGAGCAGUCUGUUCUGCUCUUUGUGUGCCCUGUGUAUCCUGGUCAGUGUCUCUUGCCCUUCAAGUCAGCUUGUCCUCCUUGAUCCUAAGUGCUAGACUCCAGACAGGAGUUUGGAGAACAGCAGUUUGAACAGAAAGUCCCUUAAAAUCUCACUCUGUUACGAUUCUGUCUUGUCAUCUGCCCUUUCUUGCCCUAGACUUAGAUGUUGGCUAAAAGAGGGUCCCUGGGAGGCCAGAGAAGCAUAAGAUCUCUGGUGUGGGCACAUCCCUCUCUGCGUUUUGUUCUCAUCAUUUUUGGCACAGUUUCAAACCGGGUGAAAGCAACCCUGGGAUUUCCUUGCUCAGUAAUGACAUUUGGCUUGCUGUGCAUUUGUGCUUCUCUCUCCAAGGGCUUAAUGUAAGCCAAGGCCAAUGAUGAGUGUCCACGUGACUCUGGGGAGAUAAUGGUGCGUUUCUUGUACGUCCCAGUGAAUUGAGACAGUGGAGCUGCAAUGGGUCAUUAGUGAGGAAUGUGGUCACCUUGUCCUUGCUGACAUAUUCUCAUUGAAAUCUCCUACACAUUGCUUAAAUUAGGCUGUGAUGGUUCCUCUUUCUGUCUCCAGCAUCCAAGGUGCCUUGGACAGAUGGAUUUAUCUAAGAUUUGGCAGGGCUUUUAGCUCCCUGGGGCAAAGACAGUCUUCAGAAUAGGGACAGAUUAGCAGGGUCUCUGGGCUCCCUAUCCUUUAGCAAGUGCAGCAGAGUUGCAGGCAGGUGUCCUUGGCUCUUUCUGGGGCUUUCCAUGAGAAUGCCUCACCUUGUUCCUCUGCCCCAUUUUCUCCUGUGAAAUCUUAUUCCGGAGGUGGUCUGUCCAGGUGAACACAUGGGUCUUCAAGGCAUGGCUGCUGCUCUCACCAGCAGGAUCCAUACAGUCUUCCUGUUACUGAACACCUUCCCCAUUGUACCUGGUGCCAGCUGCAGCCAGGUCCCAGGCAUAGUCCCAGUGCCACUGUCUGUGGCUGUCCCAGACCCUCAGUACCCUGAGAAGUGGGACCUCUCUAGCUGAUGCUUCCUGCUGGAUGCUAGGAUUUCUUGGAGAUCCCCUUCCUCAUAUUCUUGGCCCUGCUACCCCACUACUGCUGGUGGAACUGCCCCUCUGGUCCAACUACUCCAUUCUCGCAAGGGUAAAGAUAUUCGUGCCCUGCCUCAGGCUCAGGAAAGGGGGAUGACACACAUGGACAUGGUAAAGGAGCAGGACUGGGCAGCAGGAACAGGAGCUGCCUGCUGGCUUGGCAGAGAGGUGGUAGAGCUGAAGAGGACAGACUGAAACUGGGGUUCUUCCUGGCAUGUCUAGCUAGGCAGGGAAGUUCAGAGCAGAAAACUGGGCUCUCCCUUCCCUCUCCUGGCAUUGGACACCACCAGCAAAGUUUGUGUAUAAGUUUCCUCCUGAGUGUUGUUGAGGAACUGUAGUGCCCUGGGCAAAAGCAAUUCUUAUGACACAGGUUACUAGCACAGAUACCCAGAGAUGGUCUGUCCCUGCUCUGGCAGCACAGCCUCUCCAUAGUGGAGUCGUCCUAUCUCCCCGGCACACAGACACCCACCUACCACAGCUCUGGGCUGAGCAGCAGUCAGGCAUCUGCUCCUCCUGCAGACUUGUGUCUGCUCUCUGCUGUGUCUGUGUUGGUGAUGACGAUUCCUUUGGCAGCUCAUUCGAUGGCCCAGUCCGCUCCUCUCGUGAUAGCCUUCUCCCUUAUAUCUAACCUGAAUUCUCCCUGCUGUAUCUUAAUCCCAUUACUCCUCCUUCAUUGACUGGUGAGUCUAAUUGGCUCUGCUCCUUUUCCCCAUGGCCUUCCCGACACAAGCAGGCGUUAUCUAGUCUCUAUAGCCUUCCCUUCACCAAUCCUAGGGUCUUGAUCUCACUUGCCAAACGCUGGUUUGAGUGGUGGUGCAGAAGUUUUCUCUGUGUAGUGAGUAUGUCACUCCUGCUCUGAGCCCAGCCUGGGCAAGAGGAGAGGGCCAAAGGUGCAAGCAAUGCCUUGGUCUGUCAGGAAGGCUUUGUCCUCACUUCCAGAGCAGAUCUCUUCAAAGCGAGUGGAGUACACAGAGCUGCUGGCCCCUUACGCAAGGAAAGCCAGAUAGUGCACAUCACCCUCUGGGAAGUUGAAAGCUGUGUGCUUGUCAGUAUGAUGGGGGCGAUAACUAAAGGAUCUCCACAGUCAGAUGGCUUAGGUUUUCUCCAUACAUCAUUCACCCAUUGCAGCUUUCCAUGGGCUGAGAGUCAGGCUCAGCAUUGCACUUAUCAGCAAGCUUUCCUCACAUACUAGAAGGAGUGAGACAGGAAUGCUACCAGCUCCUCUUCCUGGCCCUUCAUGGUGCUAAUGCAUCCUAGAAGAGGGCUAGUCCUUACUGCUGCAAAGCUGGACAAUAAGUUUGGGCUAUUUGAUGUUUGCUGUUGCUGUCAGUAUACUUGUCAGAUACUUAAGAAGCUCUGAAUUAGCUGAUCUUCCAGACACAUGACCACCCAUUUAUCUAUCUUUCAGCACACUGUAAGCUUCCCAGAUAGCGCCUGGCACUUUGCUUGCGCAGAACUGGUCGGCAACACCAGCCAGCCUGGUGGUACUUCCUGAGCCCACUGCAUGUCGUGUCUCACUCUACACCAAGGAAGGAGGUUUCAGAGAGGGCUGUCAGAGUGAGCAGCUGUAGGGGGCAUUUGUUAGGAUGGGAAGAGGGAAUCUCAGCUUAUGGCGAAGCCCAGGCCUUCCAGAAUCACACACCAGGCAAAUGUGCAUUAGGGUGUAUUAGGGCUGGGGAAGUUGCUAUACAUCCCCCUCCCUUUCUGCUCCCCAUAAAAUGCACCUUAGAGAUCCAGCCAGUCCCUGCCCUCUUUGUUGUCUUUUCACUCAAAAGGCUGGAGAGAUGUUUAAUAACUGAUGGAUGCCCGUGGGGAGAGGACUGCGGGAAAAUGUUUAUUUAGUGGAAGUUCGAGAGAGUUAGGUAGCAUCCGAUGUCAGUGGAACAGUGCCUGCUGAUUAGCCAGUGGGACAAAUAACACCUUUUAAGCUCUUCUUCCAGCCUUUCCAACCACAGCUUCAGUACAGCUGUCUAAUAUCACCAGGAUGCUGCCUUACAUGAGCAGGGUACAACCUUGCUGCAAUGUCCUCCUACUCUGCCACCGUAGCUGUAGGGUCUGAGUCUGAAAUACUAUACCACCACCAAGAUGUUGUGUUACCAAAGAGCUGUAAGUCUUAAGCUGGGAUAUGUGCUUCUGAUCAUGUUUCAUUCAUGUGCGUAUUAGAAUAAGGUCUGUGUGAAUAUGAUCUGUAUCCAGGUGAUCUCAGAAAUGAGACAUGGUUUAAGUGUAGCUCUGUUUGGUGCUGCUGCCUCCAGUGAUGCACUUGGGCCUAGAGUCUCCACCGAGCCAGGUAUGCAUGGGGGCCAAAGGCUGGUUCAUAGGACCUGGGAGCCCAGUGAGGAAUUGGGGCUGAGCCCACCUAAGGCUGUUUCCCCUGUGGGCAUUCUGGAAAAAGUGGAAACGAGCAUAGUCACUUUUCAGGUAGAAAUUAAUGGGCUAUGCUUAUUCCUAGUGUAAUUUUAUUGAAGCCAGUGGUACUGUACUAAUGUAAGCUUGGCUUAGCAACUCCUCAGAGGGGGUCUGUCUUUGAGUCCAGACAAAUUGAUUUGUCACAGUGUUGCUCUGAUGUAUAGAAUUUGUGUUGGGAUUUGACCAACAUAAAUGAAUGUUGAAUAUCUACUGUUUCUGCAAGCAGUGGGUUGAAUUGUUUUGCUCUACUGCCUCCAUCACAGCUGCUCCACCAAGGGGAACGUUAUGCCCAUGGAUGUGAUCUGUCAACUCUCUCAAAAGCAAGCUAACAAGCAAACUGACCUCCACAGCACUGGGAGAGGAGCCUUCUCCCACAGGACCGUAGCCUUUCUGCACCUGAGGAAAAAGAGGUCCCAAGGACAGAACUGAACUGGCAAGACCCAUGGCCUCGUGGCCUGCCCUUCCUCCUUCCCUCCUUACCUCAUAUGUCUGUCUUGGGGGAGGGACAGUUUCCCUGUGGAGUUCAGCAAUCUCCUCUUCCUCAUACACAGGCUCAUACACAGGCUCUACCACAAGUAUAUCAUCCACCUAUGCAACUCUUCCAGAAGCUGCCAAGUUUUCAGGAGCUCAUUACAAUGUGCAGCAUGGCCAUCCGGCACUGAGAAUAAGCACAGAGGCUGCUGGAAAGCUAAGUGGGUUUUAUUCCUCCCCCCAUUCCCAAGGACGACUGUUUCUGUUGGGCCAUUUUGUUCGUUCCGUUUUUGUAAACUUCAUUUGGGGGAAAUGAAGCUUGUGAGAAAUUGGUGCCCAUCCUGAACCCUCCCCAGUCUUUUGAACUUCGUGAAUGGAUGGAUCACCUACUGUGAUUAUAAUUUAACGGAUUUUGUAGAACAAAAUAACUUCACACACAGACACAUGAGGUUCUUUCACUCUCCAUCAGCACAAGCUGCUUCUGCGAUCUUAGCUACUCACAUUAGUGGAAGAAAAAGCCUAGCUAGAAUGUGGUGAGAUGACGUAGUACUUUGUAUCAGUCCCAUGGUCCCAAUGUCCAUUAGCAGCGCUGUCGGCUGCUGUGCCAUGAAUUCGGACUUUGGAUGACAGCCCAUGAACCAGUCAGGGUAAAAGUUUGGAAAAACACAAGCCUGAGUCUAGCGCAUCUCCAGAAGGAGAUGCAGUGGGAGGAGCAGCUGAAAGCAGGCAUCACCUCCAGCUCGGCUGUGCCAGGAGCUGGUGGGCUCUGUGCUGCACCUGUCCCCCAGGAAGAGCCUGCUCCCAGGGGCCAAGCAGAGGAGAAUGAGAGUAGUGACAUGUCUGAUGGAGCAUGAUGCACAGCACAGCUCAGCCAAUGGGAAACAGCAGUGACAACUAGACCCCAAAAUAACAGGAUUUCACUUUGGAAAUGCCAACAUCUUUUUUGAACUGAAAUGAGACUAGGAGGCCUUAACAGUUGUGAGAAGUGUUUCAUGUUGCUGUUCCUUGCUUAAAAAAAAAAAAUUUUUGGUGAUGAAGUGGGUUUAAACUCUCCACUCGUUCCAGCCUUUGUUGUGGUGAUGGAGAAGAAAUGCUCAAGGUGGAUUGGGAUGGUGUCCCUGUGGCUUCGCAGUGGGGUAGGCUGGAACAGAGGCUGGAGUUUAAAGUCUUCCUCUGAGGUGUGACCUGGCCAUCCACCUACACAUGCACGCAUGGUAGGGUGGGCUUCUGCAUGCUUGUGUGCACAGCUGGGACCCGUGGCCCUGCAGAGGGUUGGUGUGUUUGUGGCUCUGGGCUGGUGACACCCAUCUACCUUUGCGGCAAGGGCUUUUCAGGGUGACAGCCUUGCUUGUUCCUUGUGAGAGGAAAAUCCUGACCUGGUUUCUGUGAGAAGAUGGUGUGAAGUGUCACAUUUGCUGCAGUGAGUGCCAAGGAGCAGGGAUAAAAGCAUGGAGCAAGCUGUGUUUAAGAACAAGCUAAUCCAUUGCUGUCUGCCUGAAACAGGAGAGCUGCUGGAUCUGCUCCUUGGACAAUGUUUUCCGUCUCUUCCCACCCUCUCCAAACCUGAUAGGAAAACUGUCAUUCCUAUGAGGUAGCCAAAGGACCCCUCUCCCCUGAACUCCUCUGAGGCUGUGUGUUCACAUCUUUUGGGUCCUGUCCCUGCUGGGUGUUGUGGGCCAGCCAUGAAAUGCCAGCAGACACACGAUGACCGCAGGCAUGCUUGUGGGCAGAACUCACAAUACCCUGCUGGUGCACAGCAUUGCAACAGUGCUCCCUGCCCUGGCAUGCCUCCUCCUUGCUUGGUGGAGAGCAACUGCGCACGUCCUGGCAUCAUCUUGUGCUUUUCCAGAGAAUUUCAUAGCACUUGUCUGAGCCUCGGUAAUCAGGGUAAGUUCAACAGACCAAAGUUAGAAAACAGAAGGCCUUGACAUUUUGGUGGUCCUGGUCCCCAAAUCUUUGGUGCUGCCCCUGGGGAGGAGAGGCAGGUCGGCUGUUGUGGCAGUGUGGGGGCAGGGAACAGCAUCGUAGUGAAAGCAGCAUAUCUGCUGGAGUCUCCAAACGUGUGCUCUGUGCUUCUCUGCUGGGGCUGAGAGCAGCUUUGCUGUGGGCUGCACAAAGUGCACUGAUGGAGGGCAGAAUAGCAUGUGAAUGCUCAGCAAGAUGUGGAGAGGAGGGUUGGUAGGAGAACAGCUGUAAAAAGAUUUACAGGUGCGGUGGUUUUUACAGGAGACAGAAGACAAGACGAGGCAGGAGGCUGUGGUGCUGGAGCAGCGGUGCUGCAAGGCAAGGGGGGGGAACAGAGGGAGCAGGGCGUUUGAUGGAGAAGCUUGGGAAGAGAGUGGGCUUUCAAAGCAGUCUGUGCAUGCUCCAGCUGAGAAGACAGGCAGGAGGUAUUCCCAAGCUGAAGUGCCCAGUCCAUGUCUCGCUGCACUGCUGGAACAGUGGUGUUGCCUCUAAGCCCAGGACUGACAGCUUGAGCACGUGUUACCAACCGUGAUGGCUAAUGCAGCCACAAGGUGUAAGUGUCACUAAUGAAUAAAUUGCCCUGUGCCUUGGAGAGGCUAAUCCAUCACGGCCAGAGACAGGGAUCUGACAGGCUUGGCUAUUUCAGGCAUACCCUGUGGGGAGGAGGAAUGCUUCUUUUCUGAGCCAUCCCCUCCACCUAGGGAAACCAGUGCAGGGUUUGGCUCUGUGCCACCCCUCAGCUUCCCAGUCGCAUGAGCUCAGGCUUCGUCCCUUUUCACUGCAAUAGAAGGAAGAAGCAGUAAAGGAUCUAGGUUAGCCAAAAGUUCCCUGUCAGCAGGGUGGUGCAUGGGGCUAGCUGGUAAAGGAGUUUGGAGGGAGACUGCUGCACGGAGGACAGGGGUGACGUAGGGGCUGGUGGCAUAAAUUGGUGGGUCCCCAGCAAUAAGGAGAGCUUAUGUGAGUUGUCUGGGUUGUAGAGUUGCAUGGGCUGGGCUGUGCAUUUCAAGCCAGUAGUGCUUGGUGCCAUGUUUUACAAGCAUGCUGUUUCCUCCCCAGUUCAGUUUCGUAGUUUGCCUCUAUAAGAGGCAACCUGGAAAUUCUCUGAGCCUGCUCCAGCCCAAGUUCUCCCCCUGUCCAGAGGUGGCUUCACUGUGCUGUCCCAGAGGCAAUGCACAGGACACCCAUUUUCCCCCGUGCUGUUGAACCCCAGCCACCAGCACUUCAUCUUAACUGUGCAGAGGGCCGGCAGGUACCCAAGCAGGCAGGGACAGAAGCUCAGUGUGGACAAAUCCAGCUCCAUGGGAGCAAAGGGAGGCUGAACAGCAACCAUUUCAAUGCACAGCCUCUGCCCAUCGCCGUGGCAGUCUGCUUCUCCUCCCCCAGUCGGUGCUCAAAAUCAGCCUGCCAUCCUGUUUGUGACAUAUGCCAGUGUGACACCUUGCAAAUCAAUGCCUGGGUCGCUGUGAGCAAAAGCCGCCAGGCUUGGGAAGCUGGCCACCUUCUCCUGCUGCCGCGUGCACUCUGCUCAGAGCAGUGGAAGCCGGGCUCACCAUCUGCUCCAUGAGGGAGUGAGCUGGGCACCCCUGCUCCGGCCUGAUGGGGCACCUGCUAUCAUAGCCCAAGUGCAAGCCCUUGUGUCAUUCCCCCUCUUUUACUUUCCGGCCACCCUCAUCUCUCCCCACAGAUCUCUCUGGCACAGAUCCAUGGGCGGGGGGAUGUUCCCAGCUUGGCUGGGGUUCCUCUGCUGCUGAGUGCCACUCAUGCAGCAUUGGUGGGUGGUGGCGGUGCUGGAGGUCAUUCCCUCCUUCAGACAGAGACCCACAGAUGACCCCCUUCCUCAAAGCCUGACAGUACUCCUUGGGGAUAGAUCUCAAAGGAGAGCUAAGGGGUCUGUCCUGGCCCUCUGCUGGCACAUUCCUUUCCCAGCACAGAGUGACCAGCUAGUUACCACUCUGGAAGGCAGUCCCACUGUACUGUAACUGGACCUGGAGCUGACAAGUGAACCACCUACAGUGGAAAUGUUUACAUUCAUACAAUCUGCUGUUGCUGGCAGACCUUUUUUUUAGCCAACGUGUGUGGUGUUUGACAUAGUUACAGCCCUUGCAGACUGGCAGAUAGUUGAUUGUUAGUCUUGGGUGUGGGCAAAUGGUGCAGGCAGCUUGGUGUGGACUUUGCUCUUUGGCCAAGAGAUUGAUGGGAGGGAGGGCAAAGGGUUCUCCAGGCACCAGCUAACUGUCCAGGCAUUCUUGCCUGUGGCAGCCCAGGAGUGGGUUUGGGGGGUACUUAGGUGGUGUUAACAGUCUCAGGACUGUUUGCAGGAAAAGGAGCAGUGAAUAUCCUGGAAACCAAGUCAGCAGUUUUUCUGGUGAUGACAUGUUUUCCCAAGCCUUUUCUUUCCUUCCUUUGUCCUCACUGGCUCUGGCAGUCAAUUCCUCCUCUUGUGUCUGCUAGCAUGUCUGCAGGAUCUCAUCGCUGCCCUCCCAGCAUGAGCUUUCAUUGCACAACUGGCUGACCAACUGCAGCCCUGUCCUUGGAGCUAGAGGCAAGCUUGCCCAGGACCAGGCCACUCCCAUUAAGCCAACACCCUCGCUGCUGGAGCUGUUGCUUCAUCAGCCUGAUGCUGAUCUGAGUCUUUUCUGCUGUUUCUGAACAUGAGUUCUCAUCUCAUUGAGGUUUGGUCAUCCAGUGGAAAUAUUUUGUAAAUGCAAAUAAAAAUAAAUAAGUAUAUUCAAUACCUCGGUCUCGAGGAUGGGAAACAAGUAGUGGGAGAUGCCCAGAUAGGGAGGUUUCACAGCUGCUGGUUCUGGUUAGGAAUUCUUGUGGAUGUAGCCCCUGAAGCUUCCAUCAAUAGUUGGGAAGGGAGCUACGCAAACUUGUGAGGGCUCGGGGCUGAGCCUUGUCAGCGCCCCUUGUGUGGCCAGCGGCACUGGAGACAGCCUCACACUCCAUCCUUCUGAUCUGUACGGGUGUGACACGGUGCAGGUAAAGGUCCCGUCGGCCAGGGGCUGGCGGCACCACAGGUGUCUGUAUCCAUCAGGCAGGGCAAGGCAGAAGCGGGUAUGUGGUGGAUAAAUUCUUUUGUGAACACUGGGAAACAGUUUUUACUUUUCAACUCUGUCAAUAUGAUCUAGCUCUGUCUGUCUCUCUAUAUAUGUACAAACAGUAUAUCACAAUGUUGCCUUUUUUGUUGGAAAUAUCAAAGUACAAAGAUUGUAAACCAAAUCGGUGUAAUAAAAGUUUCAGAUGAUUCACUGA